AUGACCCUUGACCCCCAUCAUCGUAUCAGUGAACUGAGAGAAUCAUGGCUUUUGCUCCGCACCACCGCCGAGACGGAGGCGGACUGUACAGCUUCUCCAGCCGGCCCAGAGCGGUGGAGAGCCGGCCGCGCUACCGGGAGCCUCCGGCCGCACGGUGAGCUGUACGUCUCAGACAAAUGCGGCAGCGACCAGGAUGGAGAUGGCACGCAGCAGAAACCCUUCAAGACCCCGCUCAGAGCUCUGCAGUUUGCUGGAAAGGAGCCGUUCCCCGUCCUCUACGUGGACUCCCAGAAAGAGGACGAGCGCUGGGCGGUGAUCUCCAAGACGCAGAUGAAGAACGCAAAGAAGGCUUUUAACCGCGAGCAGAUGAAGAGCGACAGCAAAGACAAGAAGGAGGCCGAGGACGGCGAGAGGAGGGAGAAGAACCUGGAGGAAGCCAAGAAGAUCGUCAUCCAGAACGACCCCAGCCUGCCCGAGGGGGGGUGUUGUGUGCCGUCCGGGGGUUAAAAUCCAUAAAGUGGAGGAGCAGAGAGGCCAGAGAGUGAAGGUGUUCGGAUGGGUGCACCGCCUCAGGAGGCAGGGAAAGAACCUGAUGUUCAUCGUGCUGAGGGACGGGACGGGCUUCCUGCAGUGCGUUCUGUCC